AUGCACUCAACCUCGAACAGUACUAACGUCGCAAUUGUCACUGGUGCCUCGCGUGGAAUUGGCAAGGCCAUUGUGCUCCACUUGUUGUCAGAGGAUGUAUCCGUCGUUGGGCUUGCACGUAGUGCCAGCACCCUCAGCGCCCUCUCGGAGGAGGUUUCCAGGCUCCAGACCUCCGCCAAGUUUAUUCCUAUCGCCGGUGAUGUCACUGAUCAGACAGUUCAGCAACAAACGGUCGAUCUUGCCGCGCAGAACGGCACACUUGUUGCCCUUGUCAACAACGCUGGUGUUGAAGGACAAUACGCGGCAAUUGCAAGCGGUACCGUUGAAGACUUGACGCUUCAAUUUGCGGUCAAUGUCAUUGCACCAACGAGUCUGAUCCAAAAGGCUUUGCCGCAGCUGCGCCAGUCAAAGGGCAGGAUCAUUAAUCUCUCGUCGGCUCUUCAUAAAACGGCUCUCAAGAACAAGUCUGGCUAUGGCGCAUCCAAGGCAGCCCUCAACUAUAUCACCGAGACCCUGGCACUAGAGGAGCCCGAUAUCACUGCUGUUGCGAUUCACCCGGGCCUUGUUGAAACGGACAUGACGAGGGGUUUCGUAGACAGGAUGGCAGUGGGCGGAGCAGAAGAAACUGCAAUGGUUGAUAAUAUGCGAUCUGCCAUGAUUCAGACUGCGCUUCCAGGCCAUAUCAUAGGAAACCUUGCGCUCUAUGCAGACCAUGAGCUGAGUGGAUCUUAUGUGGAGUACGACGAGCCCAGGCUGUCCAAGUACGCCGAAUAG